ACUAAUGUUUGCAAUUUUUUUGGUUUUUGUUUUUUUGACAACUACUAGGUUGUUGAAGCUCACUCUGUGGGGCAGCUUAGGAGGGAGGUGAAGACGCUGCAUCCUACAGGGAGACAUUGAUGACGAGAACAACAGGUUCGGGAAGUCCACCAUCAUCGUCUUCAGCACCAUUGCGUCGAUCACGUUCAAGAUUCCGACAGUCAUCAUCAUCAUUGCAACGGCGGCAACGGUCAUGGUCUCCACGAUCCGCAUCAUCAUCACCAUCGGGCGGUCGACGAUCGCGGUCUCGGUCAUGGUCCCCAGUAGCCUCCUCAUCUAGACCCCCAAUAGCACCAUUACCAAUAUCAUCAGAGGCAACAAUUGCAGCAGUGGAAGAUACAAAGGCUCUGUACAUGUUCUUCAUAUACUCAUCGGGUCCAAUUAAUUAUUGUCUGUAUGCCAUCAAUAUGCCUAAUCCUGUUCUUCCUCUUCCUCCAUUACAACCUUGCAAUCAGUUCAGAGAAUUGGAGAAGACUAUUUAUCCCAUCCUUGAAUUUCCAUUUGGAGAAUACCCAGAAUUUAUGUGUUGCGUUGAAUUAGACAUGAAGUUGUACUUUUUUGGGGGCCGACUCAGUUGUCGUGCCGAGAGACAGAGAUCAAAAGGGAAGGAUUGGGAUCUCAAUGACACUUACCCGCCGGAUGUCCAUGUUCUCGAUACCACCACCAUCUCCACCAACACUAUCGUUACCAGUAACCGUCCAUCUGAGUUGUUGAGGAAGGGUACUGCGAUGAUUUGUGGGAAGCCGAAUCCUUAUGCAUUUGUGGCUCACAAGAAGAUCUACGCCAUUGCAACUGGUAUGCGGUUCGAUUACAAAUCGAUGAAUCUAUCACGAUUUGAAGUCUUUGAUUUGGACUCUAAUAAGUGGUCAAUCCUCCCUGACCCCCCUACGAACAAGAAACUCAUUGGUCAUGCUCUGGUUGACAGAAGGGUCUUCAUAUUAACCUUGGAAAAUGAAAUCUUCUCUUUUAACGUGGACACAUGUGUAUGGGUUCGGUUCUCAAAGUACCGUCGGGUCCUGUCUUAUUUUGACAGGAGCGCUGUGUUUGUAGAGGAUACCCUCUAUUCCAUUUACAAUUACACCGUCGCUGCAUUUGGACCGACCUCAGAGUCCGAGCCAGAGGCUAAAGCUAAAGGAUUGUUCGACCGUAUGGCACUGUUGUCCUCAGAUGUAGGUGAUGCUAUUGAGCAUAAUCUUCAAGUAACAUGUCCUUCGGCUUACCUAGUUCAUUUGGGAAAUCGGAUUUUCUAUUAUGUCUCGACUGGCAGCCUUCCGGACCCUAAAAUCCCUGACCACUUAUACUAUGAAGAUACUGAAAGGCGUAAAAUUAGCAUCAUUACCUUUGAGGUUCUCAGGGAAACCUAUACUGAAUCUUCUAAUGAAGGAGACAAAACUUUCGUCCAGUCAAAAUUGUUGCGCACCGCAGAAUUUGUUGCCAGAAGCAAAUGUGGCGCCAUUGUUGAUAUUGGUUUUCUUCUAGGCUGCUUCUUAAUUUCCACUAGUGCCAUGUAAAUUGCAAGAUUAGGUGGGGGGAGCAUAGGUACUUCUGAAGUAUAGCUGGUGCCACGGGUUUGCAUUUGCCAGACCCAUUUUGGAGAGAAUUAAAUGGAAAAUCAAUUUUCCUUGUAAUGGAUUUAUGAUGUCUGUCACUAUUUUCAGGAACUUUCAUGAUCAGAAAAGGAUGGAUAUUCUUUUCUGCAUGGACCACAAAUGCAAGAACAUCUGGCAGGCUCAUUUGGUCAUUUUCUUGCAAGAAAUGUUUGAAGUUAUUUGCUGCAUACUUCGUAUCUUUUAUUAUCUGUUGCUUAUUUAUUUUAUUUUAUUUUUAUAUCUAUAUUAUGUUACUAGACAUUGUAGUUUAGUAGUUAUGUUUGAUGGAUGAUGUUUAUUGAUGUUGCUGGUUGAGCACUGGCAACAAGUUCCUCUCUUUUACCAUUUGUCCCUUUGAUCUCUGCUUACAGAUUCUUAUGUAUGACUGGUUGUAUGUUUAUUAGUCUUGACAUAGAUGAUGGUGGAUUACUGAUGGUUAUAGUUGUGCA